AUGGAAGAUCAUUAUUUAACUGAACAGCAUCAACGUGCCAUAAUGAAAGUUGUUCGUCAGAUGUUAUCGCAAUUCAAUGACAGAUUAAUGGAUAAUAAUUUUUCUUCAGUAAUAACUGCCGGAACUUAUAAUACAGCCACAGCUCAAUUACAAGAACUUUAUAAAAUGCUCAACAUCUUGUCAGGUAGUAUUGAAGCAUUGAAUAAUGACCAAGAACGUCUAAGCAAUGAAUCACUUCAAAUUCAAGUAACAAUUCCAUCAUUGACAGAAGAAUUGUCAAAAGUUAAAUUAUCGAUUCAAGAAUCAAGUUCUUUCUUGGAAGGAGUGAAACAUAACCAAGACAUUCUCAAUCAAGAUUUAGCAUCAAUCGAAGAAAAAAUCAAUGAUUUGCAAUAUGUUUCAUAUGAUGGAACAUUUAUAUGGAAAAUUACAAAUUUUAAAGAGAAAAUGAUUGAUGCACAGUCUGAAAGACAAACAUCUAUUUAUUCACCUCCAUUUUAUUCAUCUCCAACUGGUUAUAAAAUGAGAGCUCGUCUUUAUUUAAAUGGUGAUGGAAAUGCUCGCCGUACACAUAUGUCGCUCUUUUUUGUGCUUAUGCGAAGUUUGAACGAUCCGAUUCUCAAAUUUCCGUUCAACUUUAAAGUCACGUUUUGUUUGUACGAUCAAACGCCUGCGCAGCAACAUAUUAUUGAUUCAUUUCGACCAGACAUUAAAUCGAGUAGUUUUCAACGCCCUCGAUCGGCUAUGAAUAUAGCUAGUGGUAUACCAAAAUUUUUUCCAUUGGAAAUUAUUCAACAGGAAGGAAAUUCUUAUGUACGAGACGACACCAUGUUCAUCAAAGCUAUGAUUGAUUUUAGAGAUAUAAACAAAACAUUGUUACCUUAUGUUUUGAAUCUUAAUCCGGGUCUACCAACUCAUGUUCAACAAGAGAUGAUCAUGCAAGAGGUGGAAAGAAGAUCUCAACAGCAGUCUGUCGCGCAGCCGAAGAUACCUCCGAAAUAG